CACCUAUUUAAGCACAAAACCUUCAUGCUCUCUCUCUCAUUAGUGCUCUUCCUUGUCACCCAACUUCUUCUGCUGUGUGCUAUUCAUCAUCAUCUAAGAUGCAGAGAAACUUCAUGAGCCUGCUACUGCUACUCAUGCUCUUUCUCUAUUUCUCACAUCUUCUCACUGCCUCUGCUAUUCCUGCAGCAACAAAAACCCAAAAUUUGAAAGGUGGAGAAGAUUCUUCAGCCCUGACUUCUUUAACUAGGUUGGAUCAUGGUGAUGGAAGUGGUGAGGAUGUGAUGGAAAUAGAAAGGAGGGUGGAUUUGGAAACGCAAGACUAUGAAGGAACUGGAGCAAAUAGAGAUCAUGACCCAAAAACCCCAGGAGGGUCUUAAUCCCAAAACGACAAUGUGCAUUAAUAGUUGAGCCUUAAAAUGUUGAAGAGGAUCUAUUUCUAUCUAUUUAUUUAUAUGCAAUAUAUGUUUGGUCUUAUCUUGUAUAUAUAAUAUAAGCUUCUAUUUUCUUUCUUUAUAUAUAUAUUUCUGUUUGCUUGCUUGUUCAGCCACUGUUUGGUUGUGCUCUAUUCAAAAGUCAAAAUGUUCAACAUAUAUACAUUUAACAACUAUAUUUUUCUCUCUU